CAGGAUCAAUUGGAUGCUCUUGAAAAGCAUUUAUUGAUCUGGAAGAAAAAAAUAAAGAUAAAAAGUAAACGUAAGCAGGUUUCCUUGCCAGUCAAGUAUAUCUUCUUUUGUGAUUUUAAGAUGGAGUUCCUUGAUAGACCAAACGUUCAUAUAAAAGAUCGGGAAUAUGUCAUUGGACAGUUGGAGAAAAUGGUUGCAGAUGGAGCUAAAAAGCUUCAGGUGGUGGCAGACUUUGAUAGGACACUGUCCAAGUACAAACACAAUGGUCAUGUGUGUGCAACUUGCCAUAAUGUGUUGGAAGAAGGAGGACUUCCAGGAGAGUACAAGGAACAGGCUUACAAAAUACGGGACAAGUAUUUUCCAAUUGAAACCGACCCUAACUUGACGAUCGAAGAGAAAACUCCAUAUAUGGUAGAAUGGUGGACAAAGGCUCACGCCUUGCUUGAGAAAUACCCCCUUUCGAAAGAAAUGCUUCAUUCUAUGGUGGCAAAAUCAACAGCAAAAUUGAGGGAAGGAUGCACCACCUUCUUCGACAAUCUUCACGCCAGUGACAUACCAUUGUUGGUGUUCUCGGCCGGUGUUGGCGAUAUCAUCCGGGAGGUCAUUGCUCAAAACUCCCACAUGUAUGACAAUAUGCACGUAGUUUCGAAUGAUCUCAACUUCGACGAAAAUGGCAAAAUGAUCGGCUUCAAAAAUGCAAUUAUCCAUGUGUUCAAUAAGAACGAACACGCGGUGCACGACUCGGACUACUUUCAUAAUCUUAGUCAUCGAACCAACCUGCUGCUUAUGGGAGAUUCACUUGGCGACCUGCAAAUGGCAAAUGGAGCUGAGAACGUGGAAGCCAAGCUCACCAUAGGCUUUCUCAACCUCAGGGUGGAGGAGAGUUUGGAGUUGUACAAGAGCAGAUACGACAUCGUGAUAUGUGAAGAUGAAACCAUGGACGUAGUCAACGCAAUAGUCAACAAGAUUCUAUGUAUAGGCUGAUGCUAUUGAUAUUUUUUAUAGGAGAAUUGGAUUGUUAUAUACUGAUGGACAGAUCUUGAUGGGGUUGAUGAAUCUUACGAAAGGACUUUUUUGUUAUAUAUCUGAUAUGCUGUAUCGAAUUAAAACAUCGACACCAACGCAAUGUCACUACGUUUAUGUUUUUUACUUCCUUUAUUAUCAUAUGAUAGAGGGUAAAUGUGUUCAACCUAGGUUAAACCUGUGUUGUUUUCUACUGCCAAUGAUAAAUUACAAAUUCGUCGCUUGAGUUCCAAACUGUUUUAAGUGUGUUUUGUGGGCCAAAUAGAGACAUUCAUAUCAAUAGAGGCAUUAAUAUCGCUGGUAUCGCCUUUUCAAGCUCAAUCAUGUAGUUGAACUUAUACCAGUCAGUAAGUCAAAUAAAAGUGACUCGCUCAUGAUUUUGGACCAAAAAUAAGUUUUUCCGGUAAUGUAUCUGAAAACACCCAUUUUAUCAUUAUUUUACUCUAUGAUUUCGAAAUUGCAAAAAAAAAUACAGUUAUAGCUUAAAAAAAUAUUUUGGUUUUAGUGGGGUUCGAACCCACGCCGGUAAAGUCAACAAAAAACUGUUAAUUAAUAGCAUCACGUGAUAAUGUCAAUCAACCAAUCACGCAACACCACAGCCGUAAUAUUUGAGAAAAUAUCAACAUUUGCUGAAGGGUUCCAGCUGUUGGUAUUUUUGUUUUAACACUCUUUAUCAUUUGCCGAAAAUCAUUUCGUAAUUAAAAAGUGCAUUUGACAAAACAUUAGCGAGUCACUUUAAGAGAUUUUUUCUUCCAGACUGUUCUAAAUCUAAAAAUAAAUAUCAUAAAAAAUGAACAUCAUGUUGAUGAUCUUUUUAGGUAUCAUCACCAUAGUGCUUGUUAAAUGGUCUGUGAAAUUUUGGUGAAACUACCCUUACAGGGAAUAAAAAUAUAAAAGCUUUAAACUGAAUUUUCUCAAAACACUACCAAAUGCUGUUAGAACAACCUGUAUAAACUCAAGCGACGAAUUGUGAAAUUUCAUCUUUGAUUAUACACCAAACCAUGUUCUUAAAGUGUUCCUUUGUGUUAAUAAAUAUUUUUCGAAAUAUCAA